UUUCGUUUUUCUCUUUGUCCAGGGAGCCUUAUGUAACAACUCUUCUUGGGAAACAGGAAGUCCAGCUUGCCAAGUUCAGCACAGGGAGUAGUGCAGGCCUGGUUCCAAACACACCCGGCCCAGCCUUAACCCCAGCACCCUGCCAGCUUCUUGUCCCUGGUUCUCCCUGCUGACCCCGAAACCCCCUUCUCAUCUCCAGUCACCCCUAACAGACCUCCUUAGAGAUCUUGCCCAUGCCUGAGUCAGAAUGCCCGCCACACUCGCCUUCUAAAACUCAAUGCUGCCCAGCAUAUACCCAUCCCCUGCUCCUGGCACCAUGCCCCAUAACCAACUGACCUUCCCUCCUCCAACUCAGGGGCCGCCCCCGGGCUCCUGAAUGCUGGCCGCUCCUUCUAGGUGUCCUCGGGCCACUCUGUCCUUCCAGGAUAACUGGCACCAGAGUCCCCUGAGGCCGGGGGUAUGUGUGCGCGUGGGGAGCAGGGGCACUGGUAGUACCCCCAGCUUGAUUUCUUCCUCUCUCUUUUUUAUUCUGAAGUUCCUUUUUAUUUCUCCCUUGCGUCACUACGCUCUUCCCUUGGGUGCCUUUGCCUGUAUCCCCACCCCUCCCUCCUACCUCCUGGCCACCUCGCUCCUGAGACCACAGCUGCUGGCAGGGUCCCCAGCUCAUGCCAGCCUCAUCCCCAGGCAACAUGGGGGGCUCAUCACGAGAGCCAGCCCUUUCAGUUGCUCUUUGGCUGAGUUGGGGGGCCAUUCUGGGGGCCGUGACUUGUGCUGCCGCACUACUGAUCCAACAAGCAGAGCUCCAAAGCCUGAGGAAGGAGGUCAGCCGCCUGCAGCAGAGUGGAGGGCCUUCCCAGAGGUGGAGAGACUCUCCGUGGCCGAGCCUCCGGGCACAGAGUCCUGAUGUCCUGGAAGCCUGGGAGGAUGGGGAGAAAUCCCGGAGAAGAAGAGCAGCACUCACCCAGAAUCACAAGAAGAAGCACUCAGUUCUGCAUCUUGUUCCAAUUAACAUCACCUCCAAAGUGGACUCUGAUGUGACGGAGGUGAUGUGGCAACCAGCUCUUAGGCACGGGAGAGCCCUGGAGGCCCGGGGAUACCUUGUCCGGGUCUGGAACGCUGGGAUCUAUCUCCUAUACAGCCAGGUCCUGUUUCAUGAUGUGACUUUCACCAUGGGACAGGUGGUAUCUCGGGAAAGCCAAGGGAGACAGGAGACUCUGUUCCGGUGCAUCCAAAGUAUGCCCUCUGACCCCGACCGUGCCUACAACAGCUGCUACAGCGCAGGUGUCUUCCAUUUACAUCAAGGGGAUAUUAUCACUGUCAAAAUUCCUCGGGCAAACGCAAAACUUAGCCUUUCCCCGCAUGGAACCUUCCUGGGGUUUGUGAAACUGUGACUGUGCUGUAAGAGGGGGUCCUAGGCUGGAAAGCACAGUCGGGUCCACCCUGGACACUGUCGAGCUGGCCAAAGACAAGCGGAAGACAGCUCUUUGGUUUGGACUUCGAGACGG